GGAAGAGGGAGAGAGGGAGACAGACAGACCGAGACAGCAGCAAGAGCCACGGGGAAACAAGAGAAGAAGAAGAAGAACAAGACGAGGAAAUUACAGCAACAGCAACAACAACAAGAAGAAUACAAAGUGAAUAGUGCCCGGCGAGACGAGAUAGAUGAGUAAUCAGGCCGCUCUUAGGCGGAAUGAAUCCAGAGCUGACGAUGGAAAAUAUGGGAGAUCUGCACGGCGCGAGUCAUGAACAAGUACAGCAGCAGCAGAACGACCUCAUGAGCACCCACAGCCCACACCUUCGCCACCCGCACUACGAGAUCCAGACGCACUCACGGCCACCGAUGGUGUCCAACAUGACCUCCAUUCUGGACGGCGGCGACUACCGAGCGGACCACUCGCUGGCCGGCUCCCUGCACCCGGCCAUCACCAUGACCUGCGACUCGCCGACAGGCAUGAGCAUGAGCAGCACCUACACGACGCUCACGCCGCUGCAGCCGCUGCCUCCCAUCUCGACCGUGUCGGAUAAAUUCCACCAUCACCACCACCAUCACCACCACCACCAGCGCCUCGCGGGCAACGUGAGCGGCAGCUUCACGCUCAUGCGGGACGAGCGGGCGCUGUCCACGGUCAACAGCCUCUACAGCCCCUACCACAAGGAGAUGUCGGGCAUGGGCCAGGGGCUCUCCUCCCUCUCGUGCUCCACGCUCACCAACGGCCUGAGCGCGAUCCACAACUCGCAGCAGGGCCUCGCCACCUACGGACACCACCACCACCAUCACCACGGGCCCAUGGGCAACGACAAAAUGCUCGCGGCGGCCGCGGCGGCCGCGGCGCACAACGGCUUCGACGCGCACUCGGCGAUGUUGGCACGCGGCGGCGGCGGCGAGCAGCACUUGGGCCGCGGUCUCACGCCCCCGUCGGCCGCGGGGAUGAUGCCCUCCCUCAACGGCAUGCACCCGCAAGCUCACCACCCGCACCACCCGCACCACCCGCCCCACCACGGCCAGCAGCAGCCGCACGGAGGGGGCGCGAUGCUCCACGCCGGAGGGGGGUGCCGCGAGCGGGGGGUGGCCGCCGGUCUCGUGGCGCAGUCGGCGGGGGGCCCGCACGGCGCGGGGCCCCCCGGGGCCGCGCAGGCCGAGGAGAUCAACACGAGGGAGGUGGCGCAGCGGAUCAGCACGGAGCUGAAGCGGUACAGCAUUCCGCAGGCUAUCUUUGCGCAGCGCGUACUGUGCCGCUCACAAGGCACGCUGUCCGACUUGCUGCGCAACCCCAAGCCGUGGAGUAAGCUCAAGUCGGGCCGUGAGACCUUCCGACGCAUGUGGAAGUGGCUCCAGGAGCCCGAGUUCCAACGCAUGUCGGCUCUGCGGCUGGCCGGUAAGGUCCCCUGCAAGCCAGCACUGUCUGCCGCCUACAAUGCGACAUCUUCGGCACUUAACUUUAUAGAGAGCACUGCUGGAAUGGCCCAGUAUCCAUCGCCAGUCAUCAGCGCACAAACGUGCAAGCGGAAGGAGCAGGAGCAGGGACGCGACAAGGGCAGCCAACCAAAGAAGCAGCGCCUGGUGUUCACGGACGUGCAGCGCCGGACUCUGUUCGCCAUCUUCAAGGAGAAUAAGCGUCCGUCCAAGGAGAUGCAGAUCACCAUCGCGCAGCAGCUGGGCCUGGAGCUCAGCACGGUGAGCAACUUCUUCAUGAACGCACGCCGCCGCAGCCUCGACAAGUGGUCGGACGAGGGGGGUCCCGGCGCCAAUUCGGGAGCCUCCUCGGGCGCCGGCUCGGUCCACGGCACCUGCACCAAAGCCUGAGUUGGGGGAGAUGGGGGGGGAGGCGGAGGGAGAAGACAGAGCAACGCCGCCGGGUCUCCGUUGGCGGCGCUGUGGCACGGAGGCCGGUGCCGGAGGAGUUUUACACAACGGCGGUCGUCGCUGGUUUGGAGCCAGGGAGGGGGAGCGGGUUGCCGGGGUCGGCCUGGGUGAGCGGUGGAGGUGCCGCCGCCGCCGCCGCCGCUGCUGCUGCUGCUGAUGGUGGUGCUGGUGGUGGUGCUGGUGGGAAAACAGAGGAGGCCGCGUGGAGUUGUGAGCGGGAGACGCGCACGAGGGCGCGGGCGGAGGAGGAGGAGGUGUGCGAGGGGCGACUCGUCAGUGGCGGCGUGGAAGAGCUCGCAGGGCCCCCCCGCCCCCCACGCCUCUCUCUCUCUCUGCCGAGCGGUCUCUGGGCCUUAACCCUCGGCCCGCCGCACACGACGAAGAUUGCGAGCCAAAGUCUGACGGCCUCCUCUUUCUUCCCGCGCCCCCCCCCCCCCCCCCCCCUCUGCAACUGUUUGGAUCGUCUGGCACAAAGCAGUUUCCUCUGCUACUACUUCACUCUACAGCUUUAUUGUUAUUGUUUAUUUUUCGAGCUCCAAAUAUCUACGUGCGAAACCAAAGACUCACCCCCCCACCCCAACCCCAACCCCACACCCCCACCACACUCUGUUGUUGUUGUUGUUUUUAUAUAUACACACGAAGAAGGAGAAAGAGGAAGAAGACGACGACGACGAAGAAACAAACAGACAAAGGCUUGGUGAUGCAAACGGCCUCGCGCGCAGAUCCCCUCUAGGAACUGGAGGGACGUGGGAAGCGCGCGGCGAGCAAACGGCACUUGGCGUGGAGACCCCCUCCUCCCCCAAAACACACAAAAAGAUGAACUCUGUCUCGACGUCGUUCGAUGCUUUGAUGUUGUAGGUGGAAAUAUGUUGAACGGGAGUACGGUUUAAAAGCUUUAACCUGCCACUUAAAGCAAGAUAAUCGCUUUAAAGUGGCGGAACAGCCUGCUUAUUGUGGAAAAAAAACGCGUUUCCAAUUCUCAGAUACGGGAAGGCGAAUUUUACACGUGAAAUAAGACGGGGAAUCGAAAUGACGUGGUGGUGAUGGUGGUGGAUGGUGGUGGUGGACUACUCUACGGCGAGGCGCGGCGGGAUCCCGUCGAGGGGGCCGCGUGGAGCGCGAGAUGAAGAUUCUGGGCGACGUCCGGGAUGUAACCCCGGCGGUCGCAGGGAAAAUGAAAAAAGAAAAAAAACGACGACGGGCGUUGAUGAGGUGGUUAUUCUGUAUGCUUGGUGAAGCCUAUACACAAGAGCAGGCAAACAUCCACGGAAUGCAUGAACUUAGAUGCGGUUCCCAUUUUGCAAACAACAACAACAUUCAGAAUCACCGUUUUUGGGUUUUUUUUUGCUUGCUGCGCCGUUGCCCAAAUGUGGGAAUUUGAGCCACGCACGCACAGCACCACCACACAGCACCACCACACACACACAGCACCUCCACACAGCACCACCACCACACAGCACCUCCACCACACAGCACCUCCACACACAGCCACCUCCACACAGCACCUCCACACAGCACCACCACACAGCACCUCCACACAGCACCUCCACACAGCACCACCACACAGCACCUCCACACAGCACCACCACACAGCACCACCACACAGCACCUCCACACAGCACCUCCACACAGCACCACCACACAGCACCACCACACAGCACCUCCACACACAGCACCUCCACACAGCACCACCACACAGCACCUCCACACAGCACCUCCACCACACAGCACCACCA